AUGGCCCGCCAGCAGAAGGUCUUACGGCGCUCCCCGCCGGUCACGUGCCGGGAGCGCUGGCGCGCUGGCGAGGUCGCAGGAAAUGCAACGGCGGCGUGCGCCGCCGUGUGCUGCUGUGUACCGUGCUCGGUGAUGGACGUGGUUGUGCUCGCCGCCUACAAGGUCCCCGCCGGCCUCGUGAGGAAGGCCAUGCACAAGAGGAAGCGACGCCUGCUGCAGAAGAAGAACGAGAAAAACGAGGCUCUCUUGGAUCACAGGCCCGAUGAUUUUUCUGGGCCCACUCCCGGGCCCUGGCCCUCUCUGGACGAAGACCUCUCGGAAGACGAGGCGGAGGAGACCAGCAAGCUGGAAGAGGAGAUGUGGGCCCAGUUCAACGGAACGGGCUUCUGGAGAAGCGAUUCUCAGCGCCUCGAACAACAACAAGAACAACACCACCCCACUGCUGAAUGGCAUUGCCAGGCCCAAUGA